AUGACAACGACUGAUCGUGAUGACAAGCUUGAGUCACUGAUGAGAUCAAACAACCAGAUGGCAUCUGAAAAAGAACAGAUGGCAUCCAAGAACAAGGAACUGGAAGAAGGGUGCUCGCACCUUGAGGCAAAAUGCGGCAGACUCAUCGAAAUGUACAACAGAUUGCUUGACGGUGCCGGCAACGGCGUCGCCUCUGGCAAUCCCCCGGAAGAUCCUGACGCAGGAUCCAAGACGACGCCCAAGCAGCGCCCCGAAGGUGGCAGGAAGAGCAGCUACAACGUGAGGGAGCUUGCCGGAUAUCCCCGGCCCAAGCCUCCUGCAAGAAGCGAGAAUGGUCAUCUACGGAGAGACCACGUGGUGCACGAGACGAUGACUGCAGACGAGCUUGCAUGCCGCAAGUGCAGAUUCACGCCAUCCCGGCCCACGGCCACGUACACAAAGACCACCGAGUAUCUGGUGGAUCGCCAAUGGCAAGAGGCAGCCCGGGUGAUCACGCGGAGGUACUGCAAAAAGUGCCGCAGGCAGCAAGCGGCCCGGACCGGGGGCGUCCUGCCAAACGAGCACUACGGGAUAAACGUCAUGGCCCAGACAGUGACACUGCGGUGCAUGAUCGACUCGUUUGAAAGGAUCCGCAAGAUAUUCCACAUGUUUCACGGGGUGCUCAUCCCAAGGUACCUGGUAGAGUUAAAUUAUGACCCAGGAUACCCGUGGUAA